CAGCCCGCUAUUCUCAGAUCAUUCGACAGAAAGACGGACAACAUGCUUUUCGGAGAGUGCAAAGUCUGGGAAGCAUGCCGUGCUACUUCAGCAGCGCCCACAUUCUUCGACUCAAUUACCAUUGGCAAACGAAAGCAGACCUUCGCUGACGGAGGCAUGAUCUACAACAAUCCUGUCGAACAGGUCUACCAAGAAGCAGAAUUAUUGUGGCCAAGACAAGAGAAGCUCCUGAUCAGCAUUGGAACGGGCGAGGCGCCAGGGGCGGCAUUUGAUGGAAACAUCGGCACGCUCAUCAACGCUAUGAAGACAAUCGUCACGGAUUCCGAUACCAAAGCUAAAGACUUCCACCGAACGCAUCACUCGCUCGCGGAAGACAACCUUUACUUCAGGUUCAGCGUUGAUCAAGGAUUGGCCAGUAUUGGUCUAGAAGAGUACGACGCCAAAGGGAAAAUUGCAGACGCUACUGACACCUAUAUUUCAAACCCGGAGCCGAUGCGAAAGUUUGCGGAGUGUGUUAAGAGUCUGAAGGAGGAUAUU